GUGUGUUCGCGCACACUUUUCUGCAAAAAAAUAAUUUUAAGUGCAGAAAUAGGCGGAAAUACUGAAGAAACAUUGCAUUCGCGAUUACAGCACAAUUUUUGCAACGCGCCAACACUGUUUUCACGCACGGAUGCAUAUUUGUGAUGUGGAUAUUUUGUGAUUAAAAAUUUUCCCCAUCUGAGAUGUCUCAAACAUGAAUGAAGGUAAUUCAGCAGGAGGGGGGCAUGAAGGGCUCAGCCCGGCCCCUCCUGCUGUGUCAGACCGUGUAACGUUACAAUCAACGGAAAAAUCAGUUACAACGCCAAAAUCAACAGCCUCAACAGCUCAUAACAACAAUAAAUCAUCAUCAGCAGUAGCAACAACGCAACAGCAACAGAAACCCAGCAAACAACAACAACAACAGCAGCAGCUGCUCAGUGCGCAGCUGCCUGUGCCGCUGUCGAACUUGUCGACAGAGGCAACGGCAGCAGCAACGCCAGCAGCAGCUCCCACAAACUCCAAUUCAGCAACAGCAGAAACCUCCGCCUCCGUCUCAGAUUCCACAGCGCCACCCCAGGCCAAGCGUCAGCGUUUAGAAGAUACGGAAACGAGAGGCGAGGCCGCCAGCGAUAGCAAAAAUAGCAACAUUGUUGGCGCUGUAAGCAGCAACAUCGUUGGCUCAUUGCUGCCAGCGUCGGUUGUGGCCAGCAGCGAAGUUGGUGGGGCCAUUUCAACGGCACUGCAGGACUUAAAUGCGCUCAGGAAGCGCGUACUCCAACAGAAAUAUCAAAUUUUGCGUAAUCUUAAGGAAAGACAUCUUGAAAAUGUGUCCGAAUAUUUUUAUUUACAAAACGGUGGCAGUAUGAUGGACUACCCCGCGUGGCGUAAAAAGACACCAACACCGCAGUUCAUCAGCUACAGCAAUGCGAAUCGUAUCGAGCAGCUGAUACUCGAAGAAAAACCAAGCACAUCCGCCGCCGCAGCAGCAGCCGCUGUGGCCCAAGGACACAGAACAACACAACAACAAACUCCAAAUUCGGAUUCGGUUGUUAGCAACAGCAACAGCAGCAGUAGCAUCAGCUCUGCAACAGCAACAACAACUACAGGGACAACGGGCAUACAGUUAGAGGCAGAAAACAACAGACAACAAACGAACACGCAAUCUCUAUUGCCAGCAAAGUCUGGUAGUAACACAACAUCAGCAGCGGCAACAGCAUCGUCAAGUCCAAGCAGCAGUGGAUCAACAACAACAACCACAACUGGAGCAUUGUCUACAACUAACAGCUUAGUGGAGGCGAGCGGUAAUGCAUUGCCACCGGAGGCGGAAAUAAAGAUACCAGCUGUUGGUGCGACGCCAGUUGCCGUCUCCACGAAGCUACCCGCCGCCGUAGUACAGUUGACGCAGCAAGGUCACAUACCCGGUAGACCUCUAGGAGGUCGUCACGGUAUGGUCUUCGGUCAAAUACCCGCGCCUCCUGCCGUAGGAAAUUCUUCUGUACCUUUGGUGCCAGGUGGCACGCCUCUGGUGCCGUGCAGUAGCUCCGCGGGUUCAACGGCGCUGCGUCGUCCAAACUCGCAGCAGAAUGCAACAGGAGCAGCGACUGGAGCAGCGGGUGGGGCAAUUGGCGGAGCGACGCCAACUCCGCUGUACACGGGUGGGGCCAACGGUGCGGCUGCGAGCGGUGGUGGUCUGACGCCCUGCACGCCUGGUGGCAGCAGUGGAAGUCUGUUGAGUCCACUGGCGGCUAGUACAGGCACACCCAACAGUGCGCAGGAGUUUUCGUUUAAGGCCAAGCAGGAGGUGUACGUAAUGCAGCGUAUAUCCGAACUACAACGAGAGGGAUUAUGGACUGAACGGCGUUUGCCUAAGCUGCAGGAGCCCAGCCGCCCCAAGGCGCACUGGGACUAUCUGCUCGAGGAGAUGGUUUGGCUAGCAGCUGAUUUUGCGCAGGAGCGCAAAUGGAAAAAGAAUGCGGCCAAGAAAUGCGCUAAAAUGGUGCAAAAGUAUUUCCAAGACAAAGCAAAUGCGGCACAGCGCGCCGAAAAGGCGCAAGAGCUGCAUCUGAAACGCGUCGCCUCCUUCAUAGCUCGCGAGGUGAAGAGCUUCUGGUCAAACGUGGAGAAACUGGUCGAAUAUAAACACCAAACAAAAAUCGAGGAGAAACGCAAACAGGCGCUCGAUCAGCAUCUCAGUUUCAUAGUCGAUCAAACAGAGAAGUUUUCACAGCAGCUGGCCGAAGGCAUGAAUAAAAGUGUUGCGGAAACGCCCAGUCUGACAUCCAGUCGCUUAACCUCACCCAAGCGUGAGUCUGAUGACGAGUUUAGGCCAGAGUCUGGCUCUGAGGAUGAUGAGGAGACAAUUGCCAAGGCCGAGGAAGAAGCAGCCGAUGUCAAUGAGGAGGUCAAAGCUCUGGCCAAAGAAUCUCAAAUGGACUUUGAUGAUUUUCUCAACGAUUUGCCGCCCGGCUAUUUGGAAAAUCGUGAUAAGCUUCUGCUAGAGGAGCAGAGCUCAACGAAAGGCGCUGCUUCCACUAGUGGGGCAGAUGCUGCCGAUGGUGGAGACGACAGCGAUGAUAGCGAAUUUCAGGCAAAGGAAGCCAGCGAUGAUGAUGAGAACACCAUCAGCAAGCAGGAGGAGGCAGAGCAGGAAAUUGAUCACCAGAAGGAGAUCGAUGAACUGGAAGCAGACAAUGAUUUGACCGUUGAGCAGCUGCUAGAGAAAUACCAAUCUGGCAAAAUUGAUGAGCCGCCCAGCGCCAAGAGACGCAAAAUAGCCGUAGAGACCUCGGAGCAGGACUCGGAUGAUGAUUCAACUGCGAUUGAAGAUUCAACAGAUGGCAGUGAAGUGGAAGCUAGUGAUGAAGAAGAUGAAGAUCUCUCUACCAUCAAGUCCGAUACAGACCAGGAGGAGGCGGAGCAAGAGGAUGGUCUCAAAAGUCUACUAGCUGAUGCCGAUGGCUAUGGCGUAGGCGGCGCGAGUGCUGCGGCUGCUGUUGGCAGCAAAGACAACAAGGAUGACAUGUUGAACGAUGCUGCCGCACUCGCUGAAAGUCUGCAGCCCAAGGGCAACACGCUAUCCUCCACAAAUGUGGUGACGCCUGUGCCAUUCCUGCUGAAGCAUACGCUGCGCGAGUACCAGCACAUUGGACUCGACUGGCUGGUCACGAUGAACGAGCGCAAACUCAACGGCAUCCUCGCCGACGAGAUGGGCUUGGGCAAGACAAUACAAACGAUUGCACUACUGGCGCAUUUGGCCUGCGCCAAGGGCAAUUGGGGUCCCCAUUUGAUUGUGGUACCAUCAUCUGUGAUGCUGAAUUGGGAAAUGGAGUUUAAGAAAUGGUGUCCCGGCUUUAAAAUACUCACCUACUACGGCACCCAAAAGGAGCGCAAACUGAAGCGUGUCGGCUGGACGAAACCAAAUGCGUUUCACGUCUGCAUUACUUCCUACAAGCUGGUCGUUCAGGAUCAACAAAGUUUUCGGCGCAAAAAGUGGAAAUAUCUCAUUCUAGACGAGGCGCAAAACAUUAAAAACUUCAAGUCACAGCGUUGGCAACUGCUGCUCAACUUUUCCACCGAAAGACGAUUGCUUUUGACAGGCACGCCGCUGCAGAACGAUCUAAUGGAGCUCUGGUCCCUGAUGCACUUUCUCAUGCCGUAUGUGUUCUCCUCGCAUCGCGAAUUCAAGGAAUGGUUCUCCAAUCCCAUGACUGGCAUGAUCGAGGGCAACAUGGAGUACAACGAAACGUUAAUUGCCCGACUACACAAGGUCAUUCGUCCAUUUCUGCUGCGUCGCCUUAAAAAGGAGGUGGAAAAGCAAAUGCCAAAGAAAUACGAACAUGUUGUCAUGUGCCGUUUGUCCAAUCGUCAGCGUUAUCUGUACGAAGAUUUCAUGAGCCGAUCCAAAACCCGCGAAACAUUACAAACUGGCAAUUUGCUUAGUGUGAUCAAUGUGCUGAUGCAGCUGCGCAAGGUAUGCAAUCAUCCGAAUAUGUUCGAGGUGCGUCCAACGAUAUCACCGUUUCAAAUGGAGGGCAUUGCAUUCCAUACACCGCGUCUAGUCAGCGACAUCUUGGAGUAUGAUCCGUUCACGCAAAUCAAUUUGGAGACAGUCAACAUGUUGCUGCUGAAUCUGGAGCAAACGCUAACCGCCUACGUCUCCCACAAAUCGCGCUUGCUGUCGCCGCCACGUAAAUUGAUUGAGGAAAUUGACAGUGCACCGCAACCCCCGCCACGUUGCCCCAAUGGCAAGUACCGCUUUCACAUACGUGUUCGUAGCGCUGAGCUGGCGCAGCGCAUCAAGCUGCAAGCGGUGCGCGUUGGUGCUAGUCCGGCCAUGCGACUGGAGGGCUCGAAGAUUGUACCGAUGCGCAGCCUAUUGCCCAGUGGGCAUGUGCUGAAACGUGUCAGCGGCACCAUUAAUCCCAUCAAUAUGGCCCUUAAGCCUGUGAUUAUCAAUAACCUAAUGUCAACGUCGGUCAGCAACAGUAGUGGCAGCAGCAGCAGCAGCAGCAGCAGUAGUUCAGCUCUAAAUGUGCUGGGCAGCAGCUCCAAGUUGCUAAGUUCGCGUUCCCCCAUAAGUGCACCAACGCCUGCCAAGGUGGCCAAGACGAUGCAGGAUGGUAAACCCUUCUUCUACCUGGCGCCUGCAACAAAUACCGGAGGGGCUGGAGCGCGGCUGACGCUGACCAGCAAAACAACUUCAAGCACAGCAACAACUGCAGCAGCAGGAGGCGCAACAACUACGAGCAGCAACUCAGCAGCACAAAUGCAGCAGUUGAGCAAGGAGCCCAUUGUCAAAGAUCUUGCCACGCAUGUCAAGCUGACGGUACAAAGGCAAACGAAUGGCAAGUCACAGGAGGAGGACUCAACUUCAACGCCGGAGGACGUGGAGGAUCCCUACCGCAUGCAGCAGCUUAUACAGUUGCGCAAGGAGCAGCGCUUGGCAUCGCUUAAGCGCAUGGCUUUCAUCAAUCGUCGACGCACCGAUGCCACGCCCAUUUAUGGCGCCGAUUGCCGCCAGGCUAUUGAAGGUUGCAUGCAGGCAACGCGCACAUUGAAGCAUUCCACCUGGCAAACGCGAGGUUAUGCGAAUUGCACUGUUGCCAUGCGGCAGCACAACGAUAACUGGUCGCUGAAUCUGCUCCUGAAAAGCUUUGAGCAGCGUUGCGCUGAGCUAGCGCCCAUCUUUGCCAAUUUUGUGAUCUAUGUGCCGUCAGUGUGUGCGCCACGGAUUCGACGUUAUGUGCAGAAUUUGUCAUCGACACAUUGGCAAAACGAGCGACAGAUUGAGACGACGGUGGCGCAAACGCUAUCGCCCAAGCUGACGUUACUGCAUCCCAUCAUCUCAGCGAUGACAACGCAGUUCCCCGAUCCACGUCUCAUUCAGUACGAUUGCGGCAAGUUGCAAACAUUGGAUCGUUUGCUGCGGCAGCUAAAGGUUGAUGGACAUCGUGUGCUGAUCUUUACGCAAAUGACCAAGAUGCUCGAUGUGCUGGAGGCGUUCCUCAAUUAUCAUGGGCAUAUUUACCUGCGGUUAGACGGCUCGACACGGGUGGAGCAACGGCAAAUAUUGAUGGAGCGUUUCAAUGGUGACAAGCGCAUCUUUUGCUUCAUUUUGUCGACACGCUCUGGUGGCGUGGGUAUCAAUUUGACCGGAGCUGAUACGGUGAUCUUCUACGACUCGGACUGGAAUCCCACGAUGGAUGCACAGGCGCAGGAUCGUUGCCAUCGCAUUGGUCAAACGCGAGAUGUGCAUAUAUAUCGUUUGGUCUCGGAGAAAACCAUCGAGGUGAACAUCCUGAAGAAGGCCAACCAGAAGCGCAUGCUCAGCGACAUGGCCAUCGAGGGUGGCAACUUUACGACAACCUUCUUCAAGAGCUCCACCAUAAAAGAUCUGUUCACCAUGGACCAGACACAAGAGCAGGACGACUCAAGCCAGGUGAACGAUGGUAAACCCGAUGAGAAGGACAAGAUUAUUGCUGCUGAAGUUGAACCGGCCAUCGAAACGGAAAAACAAUCGCUACGCGCCUUUGAGCAUGCUCUGGCCGCUGCCGAGGAUGAGCAAGACGUCCAAGCGACAAAAACGGCCAAAGCUGAGGCAGCCGCCGACCUGGCCGAGUUCGAUGAGAACAUACCCAUUGCGGAUGAGGCCAAUGCGGACGGCGGCGGUGUGCCCGUUGAACUGAGCAAAGCCGAUCUGGAAAUGCAAAAUCUUGUCAAGCAGCUGUCGCCCAUUGAACGCUAUGCGAUGCGCUUUGUGGAGGCCACCGGCGCCGCCUGGACAGCCGAGCAGCUGCGCGCUGCCGAGGCGGAGCUUGAGAUGCAGAAACGUGAAUGGGAGGCAAACCGGCUGGCGGCCAUGCAGAAAGAGGAGCAGCUGCUCAAGCAGGAAACGGAGGCCGAUGAGCUACUGACCUACAGUCGCAAGGAUGCCAGUAAUCAGGUCUGGAUAUCGCGCAACAGCAUGGAGUUAAUGCCGAUGUGGUGCCCGCCAACGCCACCGCAGGAUAACAAUGACAUCUACAUUGACCACUCGCUGUCGUUUAUGUACGAUCUGGAGCCCAUACCCGAGACGGAGCUGCCGCCAGUGUAUGUGCGACGCGAGCUCAAACGAUCGCGCACCGAUGCCGGCUUCGAUGGCAGUCGACGGCCCAAUAAGAUGCGACGCGAGGAUAACUAUGUGCCGCCACGUUCGCUAUUUGAUCGGCCCACAGCGCAGCUGGCGCGUCUGCGGCGGGAGCUGAAGAAUCAACGAUUCCGCGGCAGCUUUAAGCCCAACUCAAUGAUACCGGGCCUGAAGCCACAGUUGCCGGCCAAGCCGCUGGCUGAGCCAGAGGCCAUGAGCGAGUGGUGCGUGUUUGAGGACAUGGCCAUUUUGCACGUGCUGAUCAAUUUGCAGGGGCUGCCGUGCAGCCUGAUGCUGCUCUCGCCAGGACAGACGCCCAAUUGGGAUUUGGUCUCGGAGCUGGUGAACUUCUGCUCGAAAACGUAUCGUUCGGCCAGGCAGUGCCGCUGGCGCUACGAGACGCACAUACAGCCACGCGAGGAGGGCAAAGUGGUCGAGAGUCCCAAAAAGCAAAAGAAACUGAAGCCCACCCUGCGCAUGGAGUACAUGAAGAGUCCGUUGCGUUAUCUGCGCACCACGCAGCUCUAUGCCAGCGACAACAAUGCUUCCUUCUAUAAGGUAAUGCGGCAACGCUUCGAUACCAUAAAGACGGCAUAUUUGAAGAAAGCGCCACCGCCGAAGCGUCAGUUCAAUGCGCCCAGCCUGAUGAAUCCCAAGCAUAUGGAGGUGCUGCAGAAGUUUGGCAUAUCCAACUACGAUCAGCCCGUGUCGCCCAAUAAUAUAGCCGUGAUGAAGGCCAACAAAAUGCGCGACAAGCAGCGCGGACAAAUGCCAAUGCAACAACAACAGCAGCAGCAACCACAACAGCAGCAGCAGCCAGUUCAGCAGCAACAGCAAACCGUGCAGCAGCAGCAGCAGCAACAACAACAAAUGCAGCAAGUGCAACAACAACAACAACAGCAGCAGCAACAGCAACAACAACAAAUACAGCAACAGCUGCCAACAGUUGCCACCGUGCAACAAUCGAUGGAAUUGGUGCCCAACACAACGGGAACAACUGUUGCUGUGCCCACUGGCAACAGCGGCCAACUGCAGCAGCUGCAGAUACAGCAUUUGACCAGCGCCAAUGUGGCGACUACACAACAGACGGCCAUAUUGCUGCAUCAGCCACAGCAACAGCAGCAGCUGCGCACGCAAACCACCACACAGCAGCUGGUCAAGACCAUUGUUGGCACCACAGCCAAUCUGACUGCUGGUCAACUGCAGCAGCUGGCACACCAAAGCUCGACCAAUGCAGGCGGCAGCGUGCAGCUGCAAGCAGCACCGCCGGGCAGCCAGUCCAGCGUCAGUGUGGUGCUCACGACGCCAGUGCAAUCGCUGCCCAUUGCAACGCACAGCAAUGUUAACGCCGGCUCGACAGCUCAGAUAGUGUCCAUCUCCUCACAGACGACGCUGCCAGUGAAUACGGCGCCGCAGCUGGGCAGCAUUGUGCAGACCCAGACGCUCCCUCAGGUUGUAUCCGUUGGCCCAUUGACCACCACAGCCACUGGUCAACAGCAGCAGCAACAACAACAACAGACGGCAACAGGCACGGUGACCAUGCUGCGUGGUCAGCGCAUUGUGUCUACAGGUGCAGCUGGUGGGAAUACGCUGCAGGAUGUGGUGCUGCAACAGCGCACCACGGCUGGCGGUCCGUCCAUUGUAUCUAUGCCGGGUCUGGGGCAAAGUGUGACGCAGGGUCAAUUCCAAACGCAGCUACGCCUGGCGGCGGUUUCUGCCUCACCCGCUACACAGACAACCCAAUUGGUCACCACAAAGGGUAUACCCGUAAGCUCACUGCAGCAGAGCGGCAAAGCGGUGCUGUCCGGUACCCAACAGCAGGCGGCGCACAUUCAACUUUAUCGGCAGCGCAAUCUGAAAGUGUUGCAAGCACCACAAGGGGCACCGGGAGGCGGCAGCGUCACCGCCAGCCUGAACCAGACUGUAGUGCAAACAGCAGGCGGUGCCUUGGCCACGGGCACCAUCAUUCAAGCCAGCAAUCUUAUGCAAACGUCGACGCAUGUCACAAGCCAGAAGGUGGCCGUUACCUGCAUGCCAGGCGCGACCACCGUCCAGGCGGGCAAUGUGGUUAGUUCGGUGCAGAUGCACGGACAGGCGCGCACGCAGUUCAUCAAGCAAAUGGCAGCCGGCAAACAGGGCCUGCAGCGUCAGGUGCUGGCCACUGAUGGCAGCGGCGGCAGUGGAGCACCUGGCACCAGCGAUAUGCUGCUCGUCAAGCGGCACAAUAUACUGGCUGCCCAGAAGGCGCAACAGGCCACCGGGCCGCUCUUUACAACCACCAGCAGCAGCAGCAACGCCGCACAGCAGCAGCAACAACAACAGCAGCAACAGUUGCCAGUUGCUGGUGUCGUGCAACAGCAGCAGCAGCAGCAAACGCAGCAGGUGACGCAGCAGCAGAUCGCUUCGUUGGUUAAGGCCUCGACAGCAGCAGCGGCGAGUGGCAGCAGUGUCAGCUCCGGCGGCGUAACAGUCUCGGCCACGGGUCCGCCUACAGUGCAAGCGGGCAGCGUGAACAUGACGCUGCCGCAGCUAAAACCGGGCAGCCAGAUAAAGGUGACGAUGCCAAAUCAAAUGCGGCAUCUGCAUGUGCAACAGCAGCUGGGCAUGACGCGCAAGAUCAAUCGCAUGACGCAGCUGGUCAGUGCUUCGGGUCAGCCUACGGCCACCAACAUUGUGGCCACAACGACGGGACCACAACAGCAGCAGCAAACGCCGGGCGGCGUCACCGUCUUGCCCGCCGGCCAGCAACAGCAGCAGCAGCAGCAACAACAGAAGACAACACCUGGUGUCGGCAGUUUGCAGGCGCAAUUGUUGCACAUACAAAACACCAAAGCGGUAACAGUGCAACAACUGCAGCAGGUGGUGCGCAGCGGGCAGCAGGCGGGCAUCGUCCUGGGCAAGACGAGUGUGGGACGCGUCAUACCCGUUUCGGUGGCCUCACAGGCCACACAGCGUCAGACCAUACAGGUGGUUUCGGCUGCAUCGGCGCAGGCCUUGGCUGCUGGAAAUCUGCGCGCUGGACAAAAUCUGGCUAGCGCCUUGAAGGUGGCCACCUCGGGCGGAGGUCAGACGACGCAGCAGACGCUAAUUGCAGCACUGCAGCAUAAUCAAAGGCAGAAUGCUAGCCCUGUGCGUCUGCAGACCACAGCCGGUGGCAACUUGCUAGCCGUGGUGCAGCAGCAACAACAACAACAACAACAACAGCAGCAGCAGCAGCAACAGCAGCAACAACACACAAGCAUUACUGGACCCACAGCUGGUCCGGCUGAGGUAAUGACCAUAACGCAGACCACGGCGCCGCUGCCAACAGUUGCCAGCCUGCAACAGCAGCAGCAACAACAACAGCAACAACAACAACAACAGCAGCAACAACAGCAGCAGCAGCAGCAGGUUGGGGGCGUACAACAGCAACAACCAACGACGCAACAGGUACGCACGUUGGUCAAGAAAAAGAUCAUGAUCAGAAGCGAGAAAGAAUAACAUUUAGCGAAUCAUCGCACGAGAGCCGGCGUACGGCCACGCAAUCGGCGCAGCAUCAUUACCAAUACCCACACAACCACUUCGACAACAACAAGCACAAGCACCACAGCAAGCACACUUACAAUUACCAGCACCACAAUGACCACAACCACAACCAAAUGCAUUGUCGCCACAAUUAUUACGGAUCAUGUUUAAAGACGCCAACAAUUUCGAUAUCAACUGUGACACAGCAAAAUUAUUGACAGCCUCUACCGCUCAUUGCUCAUUGUUCAAUAUGUCCGUCAGUCAAUCAGUCAAUUCAACGAACCAAUCAAUCAGUCAGUCAGUCAGUCAGCCAAUCAAUCAUUGCUUAAAUUGUACUUAAAACCCUUUUGUUUCGAUUGGUUUUACAGCCAUGAGCCGACGCGCCGCCUUGCCUGCUGCUGGAUCCUGAGCGGGAUUUAAGUGAUGAUGUUGUGUGAAGGGCGUGGCACACACAUGCACACCGCACACACAUACACACACUCACACACACAGCUGAAGGCUGCAGUUAAUUGUAAUUAUAUAAAUAAGUUUUAAUUAUUAGUUAAUUAUUUAGCCCAACAAUUUAACACGCAAAUCUGUAAAUCGUAUUCCUUAAGCUUAUCCUAGCUUAUAGACUUAAAAUAUAAUUAUAAUAUACAUAUAGAACUUUAAUUUAAA